AGUCGGUUGGAAUUGGUUGAAAAGUUGAAAACGAACGCUUUGAUCGGAUAUUCAGAACAAAAAAUUUUCCCUUUGUGUUAUUUUAAUUUGUUUGAUGUGAUUUCUGUUUCCAUUAAAAAUGAAAUCAUUAACAAUUAUACUAGUUACCGUUCAAAUAUUAGUGUUAUGUAAAGCUGAUAUUUCGCUGUCAUCAGCUGGAAAUAACUUCGAAGGAUACUCAUAUCCGAAGCCUAAAAUUCCUUUUGAAACUGGAUUUCAAAAGAAAGUUGAGGCUGAAACACCGAAACCUACAUAUUUACCUCCAACAGUGCCCACUCCAAAGCCGACUUACUUGCCUCCAGUAGUCAAAAAAGUUGAACCAAUAACGACAAAGGCUACAACCACCAGAGCGACAACACCGAAGCCUACAACAAGACCACCAGCACCUGUUGUCAAGAAAGCUGAUGUGAAAGAGGGUUAUAAUUAUCCAGCUCCACCUGCAGCUAAGCAACUCACACUUCCUCCUAAACCUAAACCAACUCCAGUGGUUACAAAGAAAAGUGCCCCCAUAACCCCUCCACCGCCAACAUAUUUGCCACCAACUACGCCACCACCCACAUACUUGCCUCCAGUAGUCAAAAAAAUUGAACCAAUAACAACAAAGGCUACAACCACCAGAGCGACAACACCGAAGCCUACAACAAGAGCCACGACAACAAGACCACCAGCACCUGUUGUCAAGAAAGCCGAUGUGAAAGAGGGUUAUGAUUAUCCAGCUCCACCUGCAGCUAAACAACUCACACUUCCUCCAAAACCUAAACCAACUCCAGUGGUUACAAAGAAAAGUGCCCCAAUAACCACUCCACCACCCACUUACUUGCCUCCAGUAGUCAAAAAAGUUGAACCAAUAACGACAAGGGCUACAACCACCAGAGCGACAACACCUAAGCCUACAACAAGAGCCACGACAACAAGACCUCCAGCACCUGUUGUCAAGAAAGCCGAUGUGAAAGAGGGUUAUGAUUAUCCAGCUCCACCUGCAGCUAAACAACUCACACUUCCUCCAAAACCUAAACCAACUCCAGUGGUUACAAAGAAAAGUGCCCCUAUAACCACUCCACCUCCCACAUACUUACCUCCAGUAGUCAAAAAAGUUGAACCAAUAACGACAAGGGCUACAACCACCAGAGCGACAACACCUAAGCCUACAACAAGAGCCACGACAACAAGACCUCCAGCACCUGUUGUCAAGAAAGCUGAAGUGAAAGAGGGUUAUGAUUAUCCAGCCCCACCUGCAGCUAAACAACUCACACUUCCUCCAAAACCUAAACCAACUCCAGUGGUUACAAAGAAAAGUGCCCCCAUAACCACUCCACCACCAACAUAUUUGCCACCAACUACGCCACCACCCACUUACUUGCCUCCAGUUGUCAAAAAAGUUGAACCAAUAACGACAAAAGCUACAACCACCAGAGCGACAACACCUAAGCCUACAACAAGAGCCACGACAACAAGACCUCCAGCACCUGUUGUCAAGAAAGCUGAAGUGAAAGAGGGUUAUGAUUAUCCAGCCCCCCCUGCAGCUAAACAACUCACACUUCCUCCAAAACCUAAACCAACUCCAGUGGUUACAAAGAAAAGUGCCCCUAUAACCACUCCACCUCCCACAUACUUACCUCCAGUUGUCAAAAAAGUUGAACCAAUAACGACAAGGGCUACAACCACCAGAGCGACAACACCUAAGCCUACAACAAGAGCCACGACAACAAGACCUCCAGCACCUGUUGUCAAGAAAGCUGAAGUGAAAGAGGGUUAUGAUUAUCCAGNAAGUGCCCCCAUAACCACUCCACCACCAACAUAUUUACCACCAACUACGCCACCACCCACUUACUUGCCUCCAGUUGUCAAAAAAGUUGAACCAAUAACGACAAAAGCUACAACCAUCAGAGCGACAACACCUAAGCCUACAACAAGAGCCACGACAACAAGACCACCAGCACCUGUUGUCAAGAAAGCCGAUGUGAAAGAGGGUUAUGAUUAUCCAGCCCCCCCUGCAGCUAAACAACUCACACUUCCUCCAAAACCUAAACCCACUCCAGUGGUUACAAAGAAAAGUGCCCCCAUAACCACUCCACCACCAACAUAUUUGCCACCAACCACUCCACCACCCACUUACUUACCUCCAGUUGUUAAAAAGAUAGAAACACCUAAACCGACUACAAGACCUCCCACAACAAAACCGCCCGUGAUAGUCGCAAAGAAAGACGAUGAGGGUUAUAAAUAUCCAAAACCAUCAAUACCUUUCUUCUAUUAGUUUUGAUAAAACAGAUUUUUUUGUGUUUUCGCCAUUCUGUAAAGUUGUAUGAUAAUACGAGAUAACUAACAUUAAACAAACUUGUUUAUAAUUACUGCCAGAUGUUCAUAUUACUUUGACUUUGUCUAUCUCAUUCUAACAAAUAUUGGAAGAAGUAUGAAACGAUUCAGUUUCUUUAUUUGUAAUAAUUGUCUUUUCAGUGCAUAAAAAUUAACGUACAAAUCAGUCAAAAUGAAAAAGAAAUCUUAGAAUUUAUUUAUACUAGAGCAAGUAUUAUUCAAAUAUGGCUGGAGAACUCAAGCAUUAUCAACUUUUUGUGCCUUGUAUUCGCAGUAAGAUCGCAACACAUAAGGAAAUAAAAGAUAUCCAUUUCUGUAAUAUGUGUCUCGAUCGCUUAUAAUAAACUCCAGCCCAUAUGAACACUCUAGAAUCAUUUUCUUUUACUGCAACCACAUAAAUAUUUAGUUUAUUAAAUCCUUGAAAUUUUAAAUAUAAAAAAAAUUAUUAAUAAAAAUUGAAAUUGAGAACCAAUGAAACA